AUGUCAGAAGAACAAGAACAAAAGGUGGAUGUUAAGCCAGAAACACAUAUUAACUUGAAGGUUUCGGAUGGAUCCAGUGAGAUCUUCUUCAAGAUCAAAAAGACCACUCCAUUAAAAAGAUUAAUGGAGGCAUUUGCUAAGAGACAAGGUAAAGAGAUUGAAUCCCUAAGAUUCCUUUACGACGGUGUGCGUGUGUUACCAGAUCAGACCCCUGAAGAUUUGGACAUGGAAGAUAACGAUAUCAUUGAAGCUCACAGAGAGCAAAUUGGUGGUAGUUUGUAA